AUGCGCUCCUCACUGGUAGCGGCACUGCAGGUGCCUCUUGUCCUCUCUUCCGAGCUCGCGCCCCUCGCCUCGUUGCCCAGCGCCAGCGGCAGCGGCAGCGGCAGCAACACAUGUGUCGUCCAGCCCGGCCCUAACGGCACAGACUCGGCGCCCGCCAUCAUUCAGGCCUUUGCGCAGUGCGGCCACAACGAUGUGGGCACCGCAAGGGGGAAAGUCGUGUUCCUGAACGAGACGUACAAUGUCAAGUCGGUCAUGAACACGACGGGCCUCAGCAACGUGGAGGUCGACCUGCAGGGCACGCUGCUCUGGGACACCAACAUCCCGUACUGGUUGAACUACUCGCUGCCCGUGGGGUACCAGAAUCAGACCAGUGCGUGGCUGUUUGGCGGCGAGGGCAUCAGGUGGGAUGGGCAUGGCUAUGGCACUCUUGACGGCAAUGGGCAGGUGUGGUAUGACUUUGUGAACGGGACGAACAACUAUCCUGGUCGGCCGCACCAAAUCACCUUUACGGGCGUGAAGGAUGGUGUGUUUGAGCGUCUGCGUUUUGUUCAGAGCCAGAUGUGGACCAUGACCAUCAUCCAUUCCGAGGAUGUCCUUCUUGAGAACAUCUAUAUCAACAGCACUGAUUACGAACAUGCUGUUGGCUUCGACUUCUCUUCUCUCAACACCGAUGGCGCAGAUACAGUCUACGUGAACAACGUCACGUUCCGCAACUGGGUCGUUGACAAUGGCGACGACAGCAUCAGCAUGAAAGCCAACAGCACGAAUAUUCUCAUUGAGAACUGCGACUUCUACACCGGUCUGGGAAUCGCCAUUGGCAGCAUUGGACAAUACGAAAACGCCUUCGAGACCAUCGAGAACGUCACAGUCCGCAACAUCACCAUCAACAACCAGAUGCGCUACGGCGCCUACGUCAAGACCUGGACCGGCAACAGCACAGGCUACCCACCCAACGGGGGCGGCGGCGGCCUGGGCUACGCGGCCAACCUGACUUUUGAGGACUUCAAGCUCGACAACGCCUCGGGCAUCUUCGCCAUCACGCAGUGCACGAGCUACAACUCGGCCACAGGCAACUGCGACACGAGCCCGUUCAACAUCCGGGACCUCACCCUGCGCGGGUGGGUGGGGACGACGACGAGUGAUGUUGUUGCUGAGCUGCAGUGCAGCGGGGCGAGCCCUUGCACGGGGAUCGUCAUUGAGGGUGUUGAUAUCCUGGACACGGUCAACAAUACGGCGCCGAGUAAUUACUUGUGUGAUAGUGUGGUGGCUCCGACGGGGUUCAACUGCACUGGGGCGCCUUGGGGAGAAAACAACAGGUAA